CAUAGCCUGACACACACAAACACACACACACACAUUUUAUAUAAGGAGCAUUGAAAUAGUCGUAAGAGUAGAUGAAACAAGCAAGCCAAUGAAGGCAACAAAACAUGAAUGACAGCAAGACUUCAGAAAGAUGAGCACCUGGUUCCUCCUUCCUCUGUGUGUGCUGACCUGUUGUUGCAGCCGUAGCAAUGGCGCCCUCUCUUGCCCAGACAUGUGCACCUGCCAUUUCUCUUCCAGCGACACCAAGGUGGUCUGCAGUGACGACUCCCUCUCCCAGUUCCCCUCCGAUGGUCUCCCAGGCAACACCACCUCCUUGUCCAUCCAAUCCACCAACCUCAGCACGAUUACUGCCAACCACUUACAGGCCACGCCCCUUCUGAAAGAGCUCCAACUAUAUUACAACAACCUGAGCACACUUCCUUCAGAUCUCCUCAGAGCUGUCCCUCACCUGCACAGGUUGGAUCUCACAGGGAACCACCUGCACUUCCUGCCACCAUAUGUCUUCAGCCACGCUCCGCUGCGUAACCUGGUGCUGAAGAACAACCUGAUCAGCGGUGUGGAUGCUGAUUGGCUCCCUGACAACAGUAACCUCACCUGGCUGGACCUAUCAGGGAACCACUUGACGGCCGUACCCACAGCCCUGUUCCAGAAACUACGCCACCUGAAGAACCUUGACCUCUCCCAUAACCGCCUGGAGAAGCUCCUGGCGGGGGCAAUGAAUCAUCUGAGCAGCCUAGAGAGGCUCAACCUGGAGGGGAACCAACUCAGCGCCCUGGACCCUUCCGCCUUCAGGAACACCCCAAACCUGACGCACCUCUUCCUCCAGGAGAACCAACUGGAGAGGCUUCCCCCGACUCUCCUCCAGGGGCUCCAUCGCCUCGAGUUCCUGUUUCUCAACUUCAACCGGCUUGGUCACAUCUCCAACACCCUGCUGGAGCAGCUCUCCUCCCCAUGGACAAGCAAUCGUCUUUGGGUGGCCUUCAGCCAGAACCCCUGGGUCUGUGAUAAGAAGGUGGAGGACCUGUGGAAAUGGCUGCAGAAGAACCAGAAGAAAGCUUUCCUGGCCGAUGACAUCAGGUGUGCCAGCCCUGAGUCUCUGAAGGAACGAUCAGUUAUGUCACUAACUGACAGUGAGCUAGGACUAUUAAACAAUAAGACGGUGGGGAGCGGUGGAGGUGUCUCAGUAUGACCCCGGGGAGAGUGUUCUUUCUGGAGGAGGUGAAAUGUGCCAGCCCUGGUUGUUAAGGACCAGCGGUUGUGUCUCUGACAGAGAAAGAGCUAUAUAUAUAUAUAUAUAUAUAUAUAUAUAUAUAUAUAUAUAUAUAUAUACUCACUUACAUACUCACACACACAUUUGAGACAAACACCUCUUGCAUUUCAAUUAAGGCUUCUGUAUAUUUGUGGAUACCCUUAGGAUGGUCCACUGGCACUAGGUGGCAUCAUAUUCAAUGUUUUUGCACGAUAAACUCCCUAGUAGACUAUUGAGUAACCUGUCCUGAACAGUUGUUCUAAUGUUGGUUGGUUGACAACAACUAUGCAUGAAUAGAAAAUAGACACCUUUGUGACAGCUACUUUUCUACAGGUCAAUCAGCCUGGUGAAUCUAGUCUCUGGUGGUGGUAAUACUUUGUGGUUUCCCCUCUGCAUUGUCUCACUUGUAUAUGCACUUCAUUCUUCUUCUCCUGUUUUUAAUGAGAGAGAGAGAGAGAGAGAGAGAGAGAGAGAGAGAGAGAGAGAGAGAGAGAGAGAGAGAGAGAGAGAGAGAGAGAGAGAGAGAGAGAGAGAGAGAGAGGGAGAGAGAGAGAGAGAGAGAGAGAGAGAGAGAGAGAGAGAGAGAGAGAAAAUCUGUGAGUUUGUCCUCUGCGGAUGUGGCACAGGCCUCUCUGUCCUCAGGAGGCCUUGAUCACAGUAAGUGAGAGACCCAAUAAUUUAUGACUCUUGUAAAGCAGCAGCCACGUCUCCAGAGGUGGUUACUAAUGAAAAUUAAACCCUGAUCAUAAAUAUUUGCUGAAGAGCGGAAGAAAACAUGGCUUCCUGAAACGUCAGCGGACGUCGAAGCGUUUUCCCCCGGCAUCGUACAAUAGAGUUGGAUAGAGGGCGCCAAAACCCGUUUUACCAUGGACAGCGCAAUUGAGGGCUUUAACCAUUUUGAAGUAGCCAACUGGGUGGGACUUGCUAUGGGUUAAAGAAGGAUUAAAUAAUUCCAUCCAAGUCAGCAGGAGGUGUCAGCCAAUGAAUUAUACUCCUGAGUAAACAUUUCAUAAUUAAAUCACCAACUUUGACGUGUUCUGACUUCACACACUCUGGCACAGUAGGUGGUGGUACGCACCUAUGUACUGCCAAGACAAUCAUAGGAGAGGAAAUUGACCACUUUAAAAGAGAAAAAGCCCUCAAUAGCUGGUGGCAUCAGACAAAGACAAAGAUGGCAAAGAUAAGAGAUCUCUAGUGCAUCUUUAUGCGUCCUACGCUCGUUCUGCCCACGAACAGGUGACCUUUCUCUCUGAUCAGGAUGGACGAGACGGAGUGUGUGCUCUGGCAUCGGGCCGCACUGUAAUGACUGACUGACAGUGAUAAAAAAAAAGGUUAUUGGCAGGGCUUUUAAAAGGUUAUUAACAGGGCUUUUAAAAGGUUAUUGGCAGGGCUUUUACAAUGGUAUUAGCAGGGCUUUUAAAAGGUUAUUAACAGGGCUUUUAAAAGGUUAUUGACAGGGCUUUUAAAAGGUUAUUAACAGGGCUUUUAAAAUGUUAUUAACAGGGCUUUUAAAAUGUUAUUAACAGGGCUUUUAAAAGGUUGACAGGCCUUUUAAAGGGUUAUUGACAGGGAUUUUAAAGGGUUAUUAACAGGGCUUUUAAAAUGUUAUUGACAGGGCUUUUAAAAGGUUAUUAACAGGGCUUUUAAAAGGUUAUUAACAGGGCUUUUAAAAGGUUAUUAACAGGGCUUUUAAUAGGUUAUUAACAGGGCUUCUAAAAGGUUAUUAACAGGGCUUUUAAAAGGUUAUUAACAGGGUUUUUAAAAGGUUAUUGGCAGGGCUUUUACAAUGUUAUUAACAGGGCCUUUAAAAGAUUAUUGGCAGGUCUUUUAAAAUGUUAUUGGCAGGGCUUCUAAAAGGUUAUUAACAGGGCUUUUAAAAGGUUAUUAACAGGGUUUUUAAAAGGUUAUUGGCAGGGCUUUUACAAUGUUAUUAACAGGGCCUUUAAAAGAUUAUUGGCAGGUCUUUUAAAAUGUUAUUGGCAGGGCUUUUACAAUGUUAUUGGCAGGUCUUUUAAAAUGUUAUUGGCAGGGCUUUUACAAUGUUAUUGGCAGGGGUUUUACAAUGUUAUUGUCAGGGCUUUUAAAAUGUUAUUGUCAGGGCUUUUAAAAUGUUAUUGGCAAGGCUUUUAAAAUGUUAUUGGCAGGGCUUUUAAAAUGUUAUUGGCAGGGCUUUUAAAAUGUUAUUGGCAGGGCUUUUACAAUGUUAUUGGCAGGGCUUUUACAAUGUUAUUGUCAGGGCUUUUAAAAUGUUAUUGGCAGGGCUUUUAAAAUGUUAUUGGCAGGGCUUUUAAAAUGUUAUUGGCAGGGCUUUUAAAAUGUUAUUGGCAGGGCUUUUAAAAUGUUAUUGGCAGGGCCAAACAAACAUGGUUCAUUACAAGAUGAAGAGUUCAAAUGUAAUUCAUCUUCCAAAUGAGGGUGAUGUGAUAUGAGUAUGACUAGUAAGUGCUCAAUAACUCUGCCUUGUAAAAUAAAUACUAAUAACAACUUCA